UACGCACAUCCCGCUUUUAUAAACUGAAAUAACUGAAAGAUAACUGCAAGCACCAAUACCAGACAAGUCUUCAUUAAGAUGCCAACCAUACUGUCACUUUCACCUGAAAUGGACAAUAUGAACAAAGAGGAUAAAAGUGUCAACUCCAGGAUACUGGACAAGUGGCGUUUUCGUUGCCUGAUGUCAGCAAAACUCAACCCUAGUGAGACACUCCUAUGGUCCAAAUCACUGGAAAACCUCCUUAGAUCAAAAUACGGCAUGGCAACAUUUCACAGUUUCCUCAAGUCUGAGUUCAGUGAUGAAAACAUUGAAUUUUGGCUUGUUUGUGAAGACUUCAAAAAAAUCAGGAAUUCUUCCAGGCUGAACUCAAGAGCCAAGAAGAUAUUUGAGCGUUACGUCAAAUCAGAAGCACCCAAAGAGAUAAACAUCGACCACAGAACCAGAGACCUCAUCAAACAGAAUGUUCAAGCUCCUACCAGACUGUGUUUCGAUGAUGCUCAGAAGAUCGUCUAUGGUUUAAUGGAGAAGGAUUCGUAUCCCAGGUUCCUUCGCUCGGACAUCUACAGAUCUCUUCUGGAAUCAGUCACAGACAGGCUAAAGGUCUGAACAUCUAAAACUGAGUGACUUUGGGUGUCACAAUGAACAGUGAGAUGGCCUGGACAAUGGAUGAGGUGUAGGCCUGGACUUUGAAAACAAUUGCACAGAUCAUCCUGAUCUACAUAAACGCUUGUAUAAGCUACUUAGGUACACGGCUUUGGUGUUUCUGUUGUUCUGUUCAUGAGCUACAAUAUGGUGCUAAAUAUGGGGUCCGAGACGUUUGGUUUGGUUUGAUCAGGUCAUUUAAACUACAUUUGGUGGUUGUCGGAAAUGCAUGUGACCACAUUGCGUUUGUAGGAAAGACGCUGUUGUGUCCUUAGGAAUCCUGGAGGAUGGAGAAGGACCACCUGCUCACCUGUCAAUCAAUUUUUGGGCUAAAGGGUUUGCGUGUUAGCUACGGCUUUGACAGAGAACAACUAAUCCCAACUAGUAAACGUGAAUGGUAUCUUCCUUUAACAUUAACUGUCCACUUUUAGCAUCUAAUGUCAUAAAUGUAUGUGUGAAUGUAUGCAUUUUGUACCAAGAGUGUGUGAGAUGCAUGUAAAUAGGAGUAAGCAGGAACUGUCUGACAGAAGUAACCUGUGGACCUCAUUUAACAAUUUGAAGAUAUUUCAAUGUCUGUAUGUUCCAAAUGUAAUAUAUGUAAAAUAUUAUUUUAAUGAGCAACAAUUUUAUUGGACAUGUAUUCUUCAGCACAGAAUUGAUAUCUGUAUAACACACCUACAAAGUGAAAUACUUUGAAUCCAUUUGUAACCCGAAUGUUUUUUCAGUAUACGGCUUCAAACCAGUACUGGAUAUUUUUACUUUUCAUACAUGCAAUAUUUGUCCUGAAACAAAGGGCAUUGGUCAUUCUCACAUAUGCUAAACGAGUAAAUAUGCUCCCUGUGUUUGUGUCAUUUACAGUAUAACAAUCUUUUUGUGUACAUUUUAUGAAGAUAUUUAAUAAUUUAAUAAACAAAUAAGAGUUGCAAAUAA